GCCAUCAAUUGCGUGCGUGUGUGAGUGCGUGCUGCGGCUGCUGCUUGUCACUCAUUGUGCCGUGAACACGGGUAGCGACAAGGACCAACAUUCCGUCCGGUAGCUGUGGUUGUCUCCUGGAAAAGGCUGAUACUGUUUCCCACCUCCUCGGUAGAGACCCCUGGCUUGUUUGAAAGUGCGUCUGCUCUUCAAGGAGAAUAUCUGACACAUUGCAAUGCUUCAAAUAAGGGACCUCAUCUGGGGAUUGCUAUUCGUUGGCUGUGCAGCCGCCAUCCAAGUGGAAAUCACUCCAAGACAAGGAGAGAUCAGCGUAGGAGAGUCCAAGUUUUUCCUCUGCCAAGUGGUGGGAGAUGCUAAAGACAUAGACUGGUAUGACCCCAGUGGGGAGAAGAUCCUCCCCAAUAGGCAAGACAUCUUUGUGAACCGUGGCGAUGAAACCAUGUCAACUCUUACCAUAUACCACGCCAACGUGGACAGCGCGGGUAUCUACAAGUGUGUGGCAAAGAACGGGGACAAGGAGGCCCAAGCCACAGUCCAAGUGAAGAUCUUCCAGAAGAUCUCUUUUGCGAGUGCUCCCAGCCCUCAGGAGUUCAAUGAAGGAGAUGAUGCUGACAUAGUCUGCAAUGUGGUCAGUUCACCACCACCCACCAUCAUUUGGAAGCAUAAGGGCUCCAAGAUCCAGGUUGACAAAGACGUGCGAUAUAAGAUCAUGGAUAAUGGCCACCUGCAGAUCCGCGGCAUCAAGAAGAUAGAUGAGGGCAUGUACAUCUGUGAGGCUCGUGUCAUGGCCAGGGGAGAAAUUGACUUCAAGAUGAUCAAGGUUGUUGUUAAUGUGCUUCCCACCAUCCGUGCCAGGCUGUCGGAGGUCAACGCCACAGCGGACAUUGGCCGCUCUGCUUUGUUGGCCUGUGAUGCAGACGGUUUCCCUGAACCCACCGUCACCUGGGCACAUAACAACAUUGUCCUUGAAACGGGUGAUAAGUACAGCCUGAACGAGGAUGGUUCAGAAUUGGUAAUAAAAGAUGUCAAGAAAGUGGAUGAAGGAGAUUACACUUGCAUCGCCAAGAACAAGGCAGGAGAGAAAGCCGAGGAAGUCAGCCUGAACGUGUUCGUGCAACCCAAGAUUACCUACCUGAAUAACCAGACUGCGUCAGAGUUUGAUGAACAAGUCACCCUGACCUGUGAGGCCUUGGGCGACCCCACACCCACCAUCUCCUGGAGUUUUGAAAACAGGGUAUUCACUGAAGGAGAGCAGGCUUCAUGGACGCGACCAGACAAAUAUGAGAGCCUUGAUAGAAAUAUUGUGGUCCGCAGCCAUGCGCGGGUGUCCUCGCUCACCCUGAAAAACGUUGUGUUCACGUACGCCGGCUACUACCUCUGCAUCGCCAGCAACUCCAUCGGCCAGGACAACCAGCACAUGUACCUGGAGGUCCGCUAUGCUCCAAAGAUCCAGGGUCAAGUGACUGUGUACACGUGGGAGGGAAACGCGGCCAACAUCAGCUGUGAGGUGGAGGCUCACCCCGGAGCCUCAGUGGUUUGGUUUAGGGACGGCCUCCAGCUGCCCUCUGCCAACACCACCAACAUGAAGAUCCACAACACACAAACUGUCAGCUACCUGGAGAUUAAACCUGAUUCUCAGAAUGACUUUGGGAGCUACAACUGCACAGCAACCAAUGCGAUGGGCACUGACUCUAAGGAGUUUCUUCUGAUCCAAGCAGAGGUGCCAUCCUCGCCAGACAUUCAACAAGUGGAACCAUUCUCCAGCACAGCAGUGGUAGCAUUUGAGGAGCCCGACUCCAUGGGUGGAGUGCCCAUUCUUAAGUACAAAGUGGAAUGGCGUUUGCCAGGCCAGGAUUGGACUGGCAGUGAGCACAUUGCUAAUGACGAAAUGACCACGAUCACCAUCGUUGGCCUGAAGCCAGAGACCACCUACGAGGUUAAGAUGUCCGCCAUCAACGGCAAGGGUGAAGGCGAGAGCAGCCCGGCCAGAACCUUCAAGACCGAGCCAGUCCAGUAUUCUUUCACAAUUUCAGCAGAGAUACCAACCACUAUUGCUGCCACCACUAUGGCCCUUAAAGGGGAACCCAGUGCCCCCGUACUAGAAGUCAAGGUCCAAGACAGGGGCAAUACUCUUAAGGUCAACUGGAUCAAACAGGACGACGGCGGUUCCCCCAUUAAACACUACCUGGUCAGAUACAAGGCUGUGAGUAUUCGGAGCAAGGCGAAGCAUGUAUCUGACUGGAAACCAGAGAUCCGCCUGCCCCAUAACAGUGAGUAUGUGACGCUGAACGGCCUGGACUGGAAUACAGAAUAUGAAGUUUACGUGGUCGCAGAGAAUCAGCAGGGCAAGUCGGAGCCUGCCGUCAUCUCCUUCAGGACAGCUACAGACCCAACUACCAUCCCAGCUACCCUCGGUUGCCAAUGUGUGACCUGCAGUCUGGCAGCUGUUCUGCUGUCCCUGCUGACUGCGCUCUGGCUCUCAUAAACUGAUUUUGUUCAAGGAGAGAGAGGAAAGUCUGAGCCUUUUGAAAUCUUUGGGCCCAAACUCCUUUUGCGUUCUAUGCCUUUCAACCUUUGUGCAGCCACACACAAGUAUUGAAAAAAAAAUGAGAUGGAAGAGUCAAGACAUUGGUUUCAUGACGUUAUUACAGGGUGCUCAGUACUUGCAUCAUCAUCAAAUUUUGGGGAAAUUUAGAUUCUGUUAAUAUUUGUGUUUUCAUCUGUUUAAUGUUGUAUAUGAAUAGAUUGAGAAAGGGAAAUUUUAGAGGGUUUUGUCAAUGAUACAACUUGGACUCGGGUGCUUUAUUGAGAUACAGUGAAGACAAAGUGUUGCUGCUUCGUCUUAGAUAUGAUUAGUAACACAUUCAUAAUGCCUUAAUGUAAUCUUAAGAAGGGGUGAUAUAAUACAAUAAUUACCUUACACUGUUUUGAUUAUGUGUCUACAAUGUGCUAACCAGACAUGGCAAUUGUAAAGAGACUUUUAUUUUGGAACUUAUUGCCUAUUAAACAGACACAUCUUUCCACUGUUAUGUCACAAAAGACAUAAAAAGCAUGAACACUGCAUGAACGCUGACACAAGGCAUGAUCCAGUAUUCAUUGAUGUGCUAUUCAGCUGCUUUGAAGCUUCCCAGUCAAGCAUUAUGAAUGUGUUAACCAGGUGAAGAGUACACAUGCUGUGCCUAAUUUCAGUUUUUUUGGAUACAAGCUUGAAAUGUCCUGCUGUACAAAAUGAUGAGGGAAAGAUAACAAUUGCAGAGAAGAUUGGAUAUUGGUUAUGGUCAGAGUAUUCAUCUUUUUAAAGACACUUCAUUCAUUUCCGACAUUAUAAUAUGAUCACUUUCAGAUACAUUAUAAUGUGACCGCCUUGUCAGGAGAGGACAGAAGAAGGUUGUUGCAGAAAACUAAUCAUGUUUUGUGAAAAAAGUGUACAUACUCUUUUCAAACUGACCUUCAAGAAACACAAGAGAUCAGCUGUUAGUUUUGAUUUUCUGACUGUUCAUGUUCUCUUUUUACCUGACAGCAGAAGAAGUUUAAAAAAAAACAUGCGUGCAAAAGCUGUUAAACACUAGAAAUUUCAUUUUCAAUAAUGUGAAAUUAUUCUAUUCUCUUGAGACAUUUUUGUAAGUGCAUAUCAGUGUAUUUCCAUGUAACCAUUGUAGGGUUGAAAUAAAUUGUUUCUUUUUUCUUUCA